UAUUUCAACAUAUUGAAGAAAUUUAAAAAUUUGGGCCGAAAAUAUUCAAAAAAUAGAAACACCUACGAGAUAUGCUCAAAGUCGAAAACAAAUCAUACCAGGAGGAAACCCAUGCAAUUUUGAGCCUAAUGGUGGUCUUCACGAUCGGAAAAGGAUGACGUCAUCAUUGGUGAUGCUGACGUCAUUCUCCGGCAGCCCAGAAAAGAGAAGAUAGAAAUUCUUUCCUGCUGAUGUCUUAGGUUUUAGGCUUUGAUACCAUGUUAGAAUUAAUCAUAGAUAAGAGAAAGAGUAAAUGUAUUGAACCAAGAUUUCGUCUGUAAUUCUCCAAAAAAAAACCUAAAAAUACAUAAAAUAACCCUUAUAUAGUAGAGUAACACAACAUAAAGAGAAUGCCUAAACUCUGACAAUUUGAACAUUCUUUUCUGAUAAUUAGUCCUUGUGUCCUGAUUUCAGAAAUUGCUGCCAAAAUCAUACAGUCUCACUUUAGACGGUCAACAGAACAACGCAACUAUCUGCAGAUGAAGAAUGUCGUUUCCUACUUGCAAAUUGUUAUUCGGGCUUGGCUGACAACAAAGAAGUCAGUCACUAAGAAAUUCAAUGCCAUCAAAGCUCAGGAGUCGGCAUUUGAUAGGGCAGCAAUCUUAAUUCAGUCUCAUGUGCGUGGAUGGUUUGGUCGGAGAGUUGCUCAGAGACAUAGGUCUCUCAUCAUUGUAAUCCAAAGUCAUUGUCGCGGCUGGUCAAUAAGGAGAAAGCUUUUACUUCAAAGGGAGGCUGCAAUAAGGAUCCAAAGUGCUUUCCGAUGCAUGAGGUGCUGGAGGAUGUUCAUUUCUAAUAGGAACGCUGCUACGGAAAUACAACGCUUUGUCAGAGGUUGUAAUACUAGAAAGUGGCUUUUAGGGGCUUCUUACCUUCGAGCAGAUUUGACUCUCAGUUAUAUUCAUUACAAUUUACCAGAUUGCUCUCAGAAUCUGGAACUGAAGAUAUUUCUACGAGCAGUUUUAAAGUUGCAAAGGUGGUGGAGGGGUGCUUUAUUACUAAAAUCAACAACAAAGUCAUCAGUUGUUAUUCAAUCUCAUAUACGAGGGUGGAUUGCUCGGCAAGGAGCUCUAAGAAAGACACAUCAUAUUGUUAAAAUCCAGAGUCGUUGCCGGGGUUGGUUAACAAGGAGGAGACUGUCACUUCAAAGGGGGUCUGUGAUAAGGAUCCAAAGUGCUUUCCGAUGCAUGAAAUGCAAGAAGGUGUUCCUUACUUAUAGGCAUGCUGCUACAGAAAUCCAACGGUUUAUCAGGGGGUGUAUUACUAGAAAGUGGAUUUUAGAUUGCUAUCUGAGUCUUGAACUAAGGAUAUUUCUACGAGCAACUUUGAAGUUGCAAAGGUGGUGGAGGGGUGUUUUGUUGCUUAAAUCAAGAACAAAGUCAGCUGCUAUCAUUCAAUGUCAUAUUCGAGGUUGGAUUGCUGGGCGAGGAGACAUAAGAGAGAGGCAUCAUGCUGUUGUAAUCCAGAGUCAUUGCCGUGGCUGGUUAACAAGGAGGAGGUUUUCACUUCAAAGGGGGGCUGUAAUAAGGAUCCAAAGUGCCUUCCGAUGCAUGAAAUGCCAGAAGUUGUUCCUUUCUUAUAGGCAUGCUGCUACCAAAAUCCAACGGUUUGUCAGGGGGCAUAUUGAUCGGAAGUGGCUUUUAGGGGCAUCUUACCUUCCGGCAGAUUUGCCUGUAGAUUAUAUUCGUAAUGACUUACCAGAUUGCUCUCAGGAUCUUGAACUGACAAUGUUGUUGCAAGCUGUUUUGAAGUUGCAAAGGUGGUGGAGGGGUGUUUUAGUUGUUAAAUCAAGAACAAAGGCAGCAGUAGUUAUCCAAUCUCAUGUUCGAGGGUGGAUUGCUAGGCGAGCAGUUGUUAGAGAGAGGCAUCGUAUUGUUGUGAUCCAAUCAUACUGGAAAGGUUUUCUUGCACGGAAAGAAUCAAGAGGGCAGCUACAGGAGUUGUGCUUGAGAGUGCAAAAGUCUGCUGCAAAUGUGGAUGAUGACAUGCGUAUAAUAAACAGACUAGUUUCAGCUCUCUCAGAACUAUUGAGUAUGAAAAGUGUGAGCGGCAUUCUCCAUAUCUGUGCGACACUGGAUAUGGCUACAGAACAUUCACAAAAAUGUUGUGAAACACUUGUGGCUGCGGGGGCAGUUGACACAUUACUGAAGCUAAUACGCUCGGUCAGCCGGAGUAUACCUGAUCAAGAAGUUCUAAAACAUGCUCUCUAUACUCUCAGAAAUCUUGCACGCUAUCCACACUUGUCUGAAGUAUUGAUUGAUAGCCGUGGAUCUGUACAGACAAUUCUUUGGGAGUUGCUAAGAAACAAAGAGGAGGGAUAUUUCAUUGCUUCUGAGCUUUUGAAGAGGAUUUGUUUAGAUAAAAAAGGCAUUGAAGCUGUGCACAAUUUACCUGCUCUAGUGAAGAGGUUACACAACCUUGUUGAGGAACUUGCAAGAAAAACAGGCAAUGAGAAGAGGAAUGCUCGAGGGGUGGCAAAAGAGCAGACUGAGAGAAGAUUGAGAGAAGCCAUUAAGCUCUUGAACUUGAUUACAGAUGGAUAACCAAAGGGCAACUGUAUAAUUUUUUUUUUUUUGCAGUGUGUUCUUUUGACUGUACAAGUAUAGAAGCAGAACAUAUAUCCAGUUAGCAUCGUGUGAGUGUAAUUUUAGGCUGAAGUGUUGAAAUUAGAAGUUCAGUGGGACAUAGAACCACAGAUCAUGUAUGACCUUUGUAACUGUGUCCUUUGUGCUUAUUAGUAAUGUAUUCAUAUUGUGUUGUCUUGAA